AUGCUGCUAACACAAAAAGGAAGAACCGAAACAACCUUCGACGAGUAUUCCCCCUCCCCGUCGAUCGGCUCCGUCUCUCUUUUCUCGCUCAAAUCCGUUUUAGUUUCGACUUCAGGGUUUGAAGUGGUUUUGAAGAGGAAGAAAAUGAAAGUUUCAGAAUAUGUUAUGUGGGUGCGGUUGUUACGGAAGGUGAGGCUGAGUGUUGGUACGAAUUGUGGGUCAUGCUGCAUAUAA